ACAUAUAUCCGCUGUUUACGAUUCAAUUUGGGUUAUCAGGAUUCCAGUUUCUCUUCUUCAGAUUUUCUCUUUUUCUUGAUGUGACCCAAAAACCUAAAGAACCAGAAGAGAAAUAGCGAUUUGGAGAAAGAGAGAGAGAGAGACUUCAAGAUCAAUCACUCGAUUGCUGAAUUUGAUGGAGCUUUUUGAGUAGUCUCUCUCUUCUUCUUCGAGACCAUUUUAGGGGAUUUUUUGACUUGUUAGAUUGACCAAGCGAUUCUUGAUUAUAGUCAAAAUGGUUGGAUCAGAUGAGAAUCAUCCGGGCAUAAUCAGACCCUCAAAUAUUCAAGUGGGAUUACGCGCCGGAGCCGGAAAGAUCCCGGUGGGGAUCGGACACAACCGGAGAGCUUUGAGUACCAUUGACUGGAAUGUAAUUGGAGCUCCAUGUGCAGUCAACAAGAGAGGAGGAGUAUCAGAAAAACAUGCAAUCUCUAAUAAGAACCACCCGCCCAUUCCGGCACAUCGGCCAAUUACUAGGAAGUUUGCUGCACAAAUGGCUAGCAAGCAGCAGCAACCAUUACCUCAGGAAACAAAGAAGCUGGUUCAAUCUGCAUCAGAAGAUUGUGCCAUCAUAGAUGUGGAUGACUACGAGGCAGCUUGUGACCACCCUGUGCCAAUGUUUGUGCAGCACACAGAAGCAAUGCUGGAGGAGAUAGAUCGGAUGGAGGAGGAGAUUGAAAUGGAAGAUAUUGCUGAAGAGCCAGUUGUGGAGAUUGACAGCAGAGAUAAGAAGAAUCCACUUGCAGUUGUGGAGUAUAUAGAUGAUAUAUAUGCCUACUACAGGAAAGCAGAGGUCUCCAGUUAUGUCUCACCAAACUAUAUGGCACAGCAAUUUGACGUUAAUGAGAGGAUGAGGGGUAUUCUCAUUGACUGGUUGAUUGAGGUCCAUUACAAGUUCGAACUGAUGGAUGAGACCUUGUAUCUCACUGUCAAUCUUAUCGAUAGAUUCUUAGCAGCUCAACCAGUAGUGAGGAAGAAACUCCAGCUUGUGGGAGUGACCGCUAUGCUUCUUGCAUGCAAAUAUGAAGAGGUUUCAGUUCCUGUUGUGGAGGAUCUCAUUUUGAUUUCUGACAAGGCUUACAGCAGAAAAGAAGUUCUUGAGAUGGAAAAAACAAUGAUCAACACUUUACAGUUUAAUCUAUCAGUUCCCACUCCAUAUGUGUUUAUGAGGCGGUUUCUUAAAGCUGCUCAAUCUGACAAAAAGCUGGAGCUUCUGUCUUUCUUCAUUAUCGAGCUAUGCCUGGUUGAGUACGAAAUGCUCAAGUUCCCAUCUUCUCUAUUAGCGGCUGCAGCAAUCUUUACUGCUCAAUGUACACUCUGUGGGUGUAAGCAAUGGAGUACGACCAGCGAGAGGCAUACUAAAUACUCCCAAGAUCAGCUACUGGAAUGCUCAAGGCUAAUGGUUACUUUCCAUCAGAAGGCGGGAUCUGGAAAACUCACGGGUGUGCACCGGAAGUAUAGCACAUCUAAAUAUGGCUAUGCUGCAAAAUCAGAACCUGCUAAUUUUCUCUUAAAGGCUAGAUUUUAGCAGAACCAAAUACAAUGAUGAAUUGUGUUCAUAGUAACUAGCUUUAUGGAAAUAAAGUACUUGUGGGGGGUGGGGUGCAAUUGAGCAACAUAAGUUGCCCCUGGCUGGUUUUGAACUUACUAUGGAUGAUGUUGAAUUUGUUGUUGAGAAUUUUAAGUUCCCAUUGAAUGUUCUUUUUGAACAUUUCUUUAUGUUUAGUUUGAUCGAAUAAUAAUUAUUAUUCUUUCGA